AUGCUGAUUUCUGUUGCACCGUUGCAGUUUUCCAAUUUCCACUAGUUUAGAAACCAUCAGCCGUCGUCAGCGUUCCAACUAGGCAGAGCAAGCCUGGUACCGGGGUGGACCAGUUUUUUAACUGGCGGACCGCUGGGUCAGUAACCCCUCUUUCUCUAAUUGUUUUCUGACUGAAGGUUCAUGACUGUUGCGGUCGGUGACACUGACGCGCUAGCGCUCAUCAUGCCGGUCCGUACGGAGUGCUGCGGCAGCCCAGUUGCGGCCCGUCUAUCCUCGGCCUCACUUAUCCCUCCGCCGCCGAUUAACACGCAACAGCCGGGCGUGACUACUUCGCUCCUGUACAGUGGCUCACAGUUUCGGGGGCAUCAGAAGAGCAAAGGAAAUUCAUAUGACGUUGACGUCGUUUUACAGCACGUGACAAUGGAGGACUCCUAUCUGUGUGGAUACUUGAAGAUCAAAGGCCUAACAGAGGAGUAUCCUACUCUCACCACGUUCUUCGCCGGGGAAAUAAUAAGCAGAAAGAGGCCCUUUUUAACUAGAAAGUGGGACGCUGAUGAGGAUGUUGACCGGAAACACUGGGGAAAGUUUCAGGCUUUCUACCAGUACGCAAAAAGCUUCAACUCGGACGACUUUGACUACGAAGGGCUGAAGAACAGUGACUUUGUCUUCAUGAGGUGGAAGGAGCAGUUCCUAGUACCGGAUCAUACCAUCAAAGACAUCAGUGGAGCCUCUUUUGCUGGCUUCUACUACAUCUGCUUCCAGAAAUCUACAGCUACUAUCGAGGGCUACUACUACCACAGGAGCUCCGAAUGGUACCAGUCGUUAAACCUCACCCAUCUCCCUGAACACAGUAUGCCUAUCUAUGAAUUCCGUCUAGGCUCCGGUGGACAUGACAACAAUGGAAACGUGACGCAACCGUUCGUGACCGAGGCAUACAGGUGUCUGGCCCCCUACGAGACAAAGGACACCAAUAAUCGACCCUUCAAAGUAGCGGUUGACGAAAAUGUUGACGUACUCAUCAAGGACAAAGUUGGCUGGUGGCUAGUUGAGAAUGAGGAUAAACGAUUGGCCUGGUUCCCAGCCCCCUACCUGGAGAAGGUUGAGGAUGAUGGGGAUGAAAAUGACGGAUUUGUGACCCAUGGAGAAAAUGCCCUGUACUGUGCUGUGAAAAAUUACAAGGCUACCAAUAGAGACGAGGUGUCUUUAGAAAUGGGUUCAGUGGUGGAAGUCCUGCAGAAGUCUGAUAAUGGCUGGUGGCUCAUCAGACACAACAGUAAGACUGGCUACGUUCCCGUCAUGUACCUACAGCCCUACAACAACCCCCUUGGGCGCCUGGUCACCCUGCAACAAGACUUACGAGGAUCUAACCUCACGCAGGCCUCCCUGCAGGUCCCCGGGCCCUCCCUGGCCAGACAAUCCCAAGAGCACAGCCGAUCACAGAGCAACCUCCUGCAGCCCUUUGGCCUUCAACCCUUUUCCACCAAUCACCUUUAUCCUGCCAGUAAGAACAUGUCCCGUUCUCUGAACAUUUUAUCGGAGCCCCACCCCGAGCCACGCCCAAAGCACCACCCAGAGCCCUGUCCUCAAACAGUUUCCACCAUGGGCCAGCAAACCCCCACUAUCAUGGUGGUGGAGGACGUGGAGGGAGACAGGCGUGGGAGGAGCCUGACAGCCAGCAGCUAUGACAGCCAGGGCAGCCAGGACAGCCAGGACAGCAAUGACAGCCUGGACAGUGAAUUCAGUUCCUGCUGCUCCUCCUCUCUCAACCUGAGCAGCGGGGACAUGGACGAGGCACUCCGUCUGAGCAGGACUCCGCCCCCCAUGGUGAUGGACCACCUCAGCCCUGACGGAAAUGGAGGCCUGCAGACUAAAGGAAAGAUAACGUCCAGCAGGUCUGACCCUAACCUGUUUAAGAUGCCCACCACGCCCAGGGUGCCCCCCAGGCCCCGGGCACAUGAGAUCCUGUCUCGCUGUACCACAGUCACCCGCAAGAAUGUCUCAAAGGCCAAGGUGUUGCCAGUUCCCACAGAAAUAGCCAGCCACUGAGGGAGUGGUGCCAGCAACACGGUAGCAUGAUGGUCAGGAGGAAGUGAAUGAAGACUGGUUUGAGGUCAACUUGUGAGACUGUUUGGACGUUUUUUGGUUGAUUAUUGUGCUUGGCUUUGUAUUAUGGGUAGCGUAAGGGUUCCCAUUAUGGUCCAGCAAGCUCUCGACGCUCGUCGGGAAUUUUACAAAAAUGUAAAUAUAAUACAAAUUUGUCACAGCAUUGUACUUUACUAUGUAGAUACACACCUAUAAAAUUCUGGUUUUAAAAUCCAAUGCGUGUUUAUAUAUUUAAAUAUCAAAGUAAGAGGCUGUAAUUUGGUUGGUAGGAACGUUGGAGAGUUCCUCACUCUAACCUCCCUACAUACUAUAGGUAUGGCAUGGUCAGUCACCUUGUUGCCAUGUUGCCGCCGGGCACAUGUAUGCCAAUCACGUUACUGUCAAGGGUUGAUCGUUGAAGCGACUGUGAGGAUGAUUUGGCUUCUUGUUCACCACUUGAAACGUACGUCCACUUUUGGACACUAUCAAGAACAAAUUGCUUGUGUCCAAGCAAUUUGGUUAUUAAUUUGGUUCACUAAACAGUUGGGUCACUAAAGUCACUAAAGAGUUUAGAACUAUUAUAAGAACAGUCAUCUCCUAUGGUAUUCUUGAAAUAUAUUUUGAAAUACUUUUUGGCAGUUAUCUUCUGUUCUAAUUUAUGUAUAUAAGCCUGAACAUUUUGUGUUGUGUGCUAAUUAAUUACAUUUAGUCAUUUAGCAGACGCUCUUAUUAAUUAAUAAUGAAUAAUUGUGAAAUCAUAUCUAGAAUUAAUAUGACUGCUUAAGUGUCUUUCUUCCCAAAUUGUAUUAUUCUUUUAUGAAGCUAAAGGAUACUAAAACGAGGAAGAAAGAAUUAUAAGAACAUUUAUCAGUUAUGAUACUUUUGAUGUUUCUUUUUUCUAUUGGGUUCUAUCCGCAUACCAUAAUUUAUUCUAUAUCAGUCAGAAAGGUUGUCAGUUUUCUUAGACUGUACUGCAAUGAGUAAUAAUAAACAAUAAUUGUAGAAAA